AUGCCGACGCCCUCACGGAGGCACCCUCCUGCUAACCCGUGUUUGCCCGCAGGAGAACUGGGUAGCAGCGGGCUGUGGGUUGUCAGUUCUGGUUUAACGCUUGGGAGGCGUUUGAACGCCAGUGGGGAGACAGAAGUGUGUCGGCAGAUCGGAUCAGUGUUGACUUGUGGCGUUGGUGCUCCCAGGGAGGGUUGUGCGCAGAAGUAUAUUGUGAAAAACUACUUCUACUACUACUUGUUCAAGUUUUCAGCUGCUUUGGGCCAAGAGAUUUUUUAUAUCACUUUCCUUCCGUUUACCUACUGGAACAUAGAUCACUCUGUGUCUAGAAGGAUGAUAAUUAUUUGGUCUAUCGUGAUGUACAUAGGCCAGGUCUCCAAGGACAUCCUGAAGUGGCCCCGGCCCCUCUCGCCACCUGUCGUCAAGCUGGAAAGGAGGACGGAUGCAGAGUACGGGAUGCCUUCCACCCACGCCAUGGCAGCCACCGCCAUCUCCUUCUCCUUUCUCAUUGCGACCGUGAACCAGUACAAGUAUCCAUUCGCACUAGGCCUGGUGGCAGCAUUUGUGUUUUCGGCGCUGGUGUGCCUCAGCAGGCUCUACACGGGGAUGCACACCGUCCUGGACGUGAUCGGUGGAGCGCUGAUUUCGGCUGUGCUGCUCGUGCUGUUGUACCCUGUGUGGGACACGAUAGAUCACUUGCUGUUAACCAGUCCCUUCUGUCCACUGCUUUCCAUAGUUGUGCCUCUUGUCUUAUGUUACAACUACCCCAAACUGGACUACUACAGCCCUACCAGGGGAGACACCACUACUAUCUUAGGAGCAGGAGCUGGAGCAACUGUGGGAUUUUGGUUAAGUAACCAGUACGCCGUGCCAGCCGACACCCGUGAAAAUUUUCAGCUUGGAUUUCCUCUGAUCACCAGUAAAAUGGCGGUGCUGGUGCUGGCCAGGUCCUCUGUAGGGAUCUUUGUUGUUCUACUGACGCGCCAGCUCAUGAAGAGCGCGGUCCUUGGCCUACUGGGUUAUCGGUACAAGUUUCCCAUCAACGACCUGGAAGCCCGAAGACGGCUGGAGGUCGAAGUGCCGUAUAAAUUUAUAACGUACUCCUCAGUCGGCUUCAGUGCCACCGUGCUUGUGCCGCUGCUGCACGAGCUGUUUGGACUGAUGUGA